CUAGGGAGUAGGAACUAUCCAAGGUGCUAGGAUGCAGGCAGCUUUGCUGUUUGGUGCAGACGGAUGGCAGAAGCAGAGGAGAGAGAUUACUGCUUAUUUCAGAAGAAUAUAAUCAAAUGAGGUACCUUAGCCAGCCUGGUGAUUGCUUCUGGUCUCGUAAUUAUCUGUGUAGCAAAGUGGGUAAAAUCAUUCAAUUUCUUCCCUGCUGGACCUGGAAGGAGAGGGGCUGUGUGCUCAUCCCCACCCAUUAGCUAUGCCCUCUUUUCUCUGAAUGUCGAUUUAAGGAAGCAAGCACCCGUCUUCUGCCACUGCAUCUUCCUAGCAAACUUUAAAGGCCAUUUUAUCUGAUAGGAAGGACAUCAAGAAUGCUCUGAUCUCUAGUGAUGAAGAAUCUGGGAUUCGACACUUUUCCCAUCCUGAUACAAUGCACUUUAAUUGAAGAAAUACUGAGCUGAACUACAAAUCUAUUUCUUAUGGUGCUGGAUUACUUCUCCAGAGCUGCCCUGAUAUCAGACGAGAAAGAGGGCUCUGACAGACACAAGUCACCUUCCGAUUAUUGCACUUAGCUCUCCCUGGGGACUUACAUUUUGGAAGUAUUCCUUUUACAUGCUACCCUCCAAGAUGAUGAGUGCUAAUCCUGAGGGAGACCCUUUGGACACUUUUCUUCAGUAUAUUGAGGAUAUGGGGAUGAAGGCAUAUGAUGACCUGGUUAUUCAGAAUGCAUCUGACAUUGCUCGUGAGAAUGAUCGCUUAAGAAAUGAAACAAACCUGGCCUAUCUGAAGGAGAAGAAUGAAAAACGCCGAAGACAAGAAGAAGCAAUAAAGCGCAUAGGUGGAGAAGUCGGGCGCGGCCACGAGGCAAGCUACGCGGGCAAGCAUUUCCGCAUGGGCUUCAUGACAAUGCCUGCUCCUCAGGACAGACUUCCCCAUCCGUGUUCCAGCGGCUUUACCGUCAGAUCGCAGUCCCUGCACUCUGUCGGGGGCACAGAGGACGACAGCAGCUGUGGCUCCAGGAGGCAACCACCACCCAAGCCCAAGCGAGAUCCCAGCACCAAGCUGAGCACGUCCUCGGAGACAGUCAACAGCGCUGCAGCCAGUAAGGGCGGGAAAGCCCCAGAGAGGGCCGAAGUGUCUGCCAAACCGAGGCCCCACAGCGAUGAAUACUCAAAGAAGAUUCCUCCACCAAAACCAAAACGGAACCCAAACACUCAGCUUAGUACAUCUUUCGAUGAAACGUACAUCAAAAAGCAUGGCCCGAGGAGGACAUCGCUCCCACGGGAUUCCUCCCUGUCCCAGGUCAGCAGCCCCGCGGGAGACCCAGAGGAAGAGGAGCCAGUGUACAUCGAGAUGGUGGGUAACAUUCUCAGAGACUUCAGGAAAGAGGACGAUGACCAGAGUGAGGCCGUGUAUGAGGAAAUGAAAUACCCCAUUUUCGACGACUUAGGCCAAGAUUCCAAAUGUGACCUUGACCAUCACAGUUGUUCUUCGCAGUGUGCUACUCCCACGGUGCCUGACUUGGACUUCGCCAAGUCCUCUGUGCCAUGUACUCCGAAGGGUUUGCUUUGUGACAUCCCCCCGCCCUUUCCCAACCUGCUUUCUCAUCGACCCCCACUGCUGGUGUUCCCACCAGCCCCUGUGCAUUGCUCCCCGAAUUCCGACGAGUCUCCGCUAACCCCACUGGAGGUGACAAAGCUUCCUGUGCUGGAAAACGUGUCUUACAUGAAACAGUCGGCUGGAGCGUCUCCAUCCUCACUGCCAUCUCACUCCUCCGGCCAUGCGAAACUGGAGAAAGACCAGACCGGAGCCCUAGGACCUGCUGCUUCUGCAGCUUCUGUGCUCUCCUCGUCCCCUCCGCCCCCUUCCACCUUGUACCGAACCCAGUCACCCCACGGCUAUCCGAAAAGUCAUUCCACCUCGCCCUCGCCGGUGAGCAUGGGGAGGUCCCUGACACCCCUGAGCCUCAAGAGGCCUCCCCCUUACGACGCUGUGCAUUCGGGCAGCCUCUCCAGGAGCUCUCCAUCAGUGCCUCAUUCAACCCCAAGACCUGUGUCGCAAGAUGGGGCCAAGAUGGUCAAUGCUUCCGUGAACACCUAUGGCGCGGCUCAGAGCGGCUCCCGGUCCAGAACACCCACGAGUCCUUUGGAAGAACUCACCAGCCUCUUCACCUCAGGGCGCAGCCUGCUGAGGAAGUCGUCCAGCGGCCGACGGUCCAAAGAGCCAGCAGAGAAAUCCACAGAGGAGCUGAAAGUCCGAAGCCACAGCACGGAGCCAUUACCAAAGCUGGACAACAAAGAGAGAGGGCACCAUGGAGCAUCUUCCUCCAGAGAGCCUGUCAAAGCUCAGGAAUGGGAUGGAACACCGGGUCCACCUGUGGUCACCAGUAGAAUGGGAAGGUGCUCUGUGAGCCCUACUUUAUUGGCAGGAAACCACGGUUCAGAACCUAAAGUAAGCUGCAAACUAGGCCGAUCUGCAUCUACGUCAGGUGUGCCUCCUCCAUCCGUUACUCCUCUCAGGCAAGCCAGUGACCUGCAACAGAGCCAGGUACCAUCAUCGUUAGCCAAUCGUGAUUGACUUCCUGUGAUGCAACAUGCCAAAUGCUUCCCACCUCUGUCUGUCCUGUGUUGCUGUAGACAACUUUUACAUUUGCUUUUAUUUUUCUAUGUGUGUGGGUUGGGGAUGAGUUCUGGCAGUUUGUGUUUUCAUUCCAAAAGAAAUGUCCUUCUUCCUUGUGAUUGGUGAAACUUUCUUUGCUGUUUGUUACCAAAUUGUUUUUGUCUCUGGUUUCCAUCAUUCUGUAAUAUAAAUGUAGUAAACAUGUACUAUCUGUAUUGACAUAGUGGUUAUUUUAAAAAAUUCUUCCUCUCUUCAUGUUUUGUGUACUUUUACACUGUCUCUGAAAAUUUAUCAAUAUUUGAUAAAUUUAUCUACUUUAUUUUAUGUAAAUUUCUUUUUGAGUGUUUUGUCCACAAUACUUGCACAGAUGCUAUCAAUGAAUUUGUACAUAUCUCUUAGCUCUUAUCCUAUUUUACUGUAAUAUUUGUGGCAGUUUAUUUUUAUUUUUAUUUAGUUUGGAGCAUGAUUGUAAAACAUUGUAAAUAUUGAUGUCCUUAUAAAUAUUCAUACACCAACUCAUCUAGAUUGAAUAUGGCAGCCAGUGUGUCUUCUAGGCCAUAGAGACAAAUUGACUGACCAGAUAAUCUAGACAUUUACCAAAAGCUGUAGAUUAACAGGGAAACCUUUAAAUAAAUGACUUUUCUCUCUUAUACCAAUAAUGUUCUCAGAAAGGGAAUGUAAGUGUUCAUGCAUGGUAAAUGAGAUCUUUAUUAUCACUUGGAGAAAAGAGACAAGAAAUAAAGGCGUAAGUUAAAAUAUCAUUUAACUCUUUA